AUGAGCCCUCACAUGAUUGUCUUCAAGAAGUGCAUCAUCAAGAAAAACCCCGACCAGAUCUUUCAGAUGUGCCCAUUCCGAAUGCUGAACUGGAACUAUACACAGAUGCGCACCGUGCCCUGGGAGCCCAAGAGAAGGAGUGGCCUCCGGAGAAGCGAGGGAGACUCCAAGGUGAAGAGGCUGCUGGCGCGGCCCGAGCGCUGGAGACUGACAGGAUUACUCAUUGACAACUCCAAUCUGAGCUCUCAGAUGGAACAAGGGAAAGAGCUGUGGGUCCCAGAUCUCCAGGGCUGUGAGGAAUGGGAGAUUUCAGGUUAUGGGACAGUGAGGGAGAACAAGGAGGAGACCCCUCAGCAGGAAGGUCCCGAGCAAGUGGAACCACCUGGGAUGUUAUUGGGAAGAGCUGAAAGGGAUGUUUCCCAGAGUCAUGAGCAGGGAGAAGCCUGUGAGAGUCAGCGCAGGCUGGAGAAACAUCAGAAAAACCAGCCAGGGAAGGGAGAGAGAAAACCCACUUGCUGUGGGGAAGGACUCAAGAAACCAAAAGACAUCUCAGCCUGUCAGAGAGAAGGGAAAGGAGGUGAAAAUAGAGAUACACACACUGUGUCUGGGAAGAGCUGUAGACAGAGCUCAGAACUUAGUGUUCAGCAGACAAUCCACCCUGGAGAGAGGCCCAAUAAAUGCCCCGACUGUGAGAAAAGCUUUAGCCAGAAAUCAGCCCUUGUUAGACACCAACGGCUGCACACGGGAGAGAAGCCCUACAAAUGCAGUGACUGUGGGAAGAGCUUCAGCGUGAGCUCACACCUGAUCACCCACCAGAGACUGCACACGGGAGAGAGACCCUACAUAUGCCUGGACUGUGGGAAAAGCUUCAGCGAGAGCUCAAACUUUAUUCACCAUCAGAGAACCCACACAGGAGAGAGACCCUAUAAAUGCCCCGACUGUGGGAAACGCUUCAGUAACAACUCAGACCUCACGAGGCACCGCCGGACCCACACGGGAGAGAGGCCUUACGAGUGCCUGGACUGCAGGAAGAGCUUCAGCAUGAGGUUCCAUUUAGCUAGACACAAGCACGUGCACGCAAAGGAGGAGGAGAUGGAAAGCUCCCCCCUUCUCACACAUCAGAGACUUCCGUCGGACGAGAAGCUCUGCAAAUGCCCUGACUGCGGGAGAAGGUUCAGGGACAGCAGAGGCCUCGUCACACAUCAGAGAAUCCACAUGGGGCAGAAAUGCUAUCAGUGCUCCGACUGCGGGAAAAGCUUUGGGGUGAGCUCAGCUCUUUCUGAGCACUGGAGAAUCCACGCGGAUGAGAAACCCAGCGUCUGCCCGGAUUGUGGGAAAUGCUUUCUUCAGAGCUCAGAGCUGCUCCUCCACCAGAUUAGCCAUGCAGGGGGGAAGCCCUACACAUGUGAGGAGUGUGGUAAACGCUUCGCUCAGAGAUCGAAUCUCCGGGCGCACCUCAAACACCACACAGCUGAGAAGCCCCAUAAAUGCACCCAGUGUGGGAAGAGCUUUGUCAAGCACUCCAUCCUGGCCAGGCACCAGAUCACCCACACGGACCUGAAACCGUUUAAAUGCUCCGCGUGCAGCAAAAGCUUCACUCAGCUCUCCAGCCUCACGAGGCAUGAGAGGGUCCAUGAGGCAGAGAUGCUCUCCGAGCCCCCUGACUGGAUGGCAGAAAUGAACCAUACAUUCAUCGAUUCCAGCGGGCGGGCAUGGAAUUGGGCUCAAGAGUACCCAGCUGCCCGGCUGUGGGGCGAGGAGGCAGCCGUAACCAGCCCCAAACUGAUCAGUGACCCGCGGCCUACACCUGGUCUGGCAAACCCCAGGCAGGUCAGGGGAGACCUCAGCCAGCCCCUUUUAAGUGCUGUUGAACUGGCUGCCGAGCUACCAAGCUCUUCUGCCUCCUGCCAAGACAGUGCAUCCAUCUCCCUGGACUGA